UGAACUUCGCUGAAGUGUCACCGGGACGCGACGGACAGUCUUCACGAAAGUUCCCGCCGCGGUGGUCUCCUGCUCUAGACAUGGCCCCCAGCGCGCGACUCAAGGAGGCGAUAGCCGACGUGCACGAGGGGAUCCGUGCCAUCCUGCUCGGGCCACCCGGAGCCGGCAAGGGGACUCAGGCCCCUCGGCUGGCGGAGCAGUACUGCGUUUGCCACCUGGCCACCGGAGACAUGCUGAGGGCCAUGGUGGCCUCGGGCUCGGAGCUCGGCAAGAAGCUCAAGAGCACCAUGGACGCCGGCAAGCUGGUCAGCGAUGAGAUGGUGGUGGAGCUCAUAGAGAAGAACCUGGACACGGCGCCCUGCAGGAAGGGCUUCCUGCUGGACGGGUUCCCUCGCACGGUCAAGCAGGCGGAGAUGCUGGACGACUUGUUGGACAAGAGACACGAGAACCUGGACUCGGUGAUCGAGUUCGCCGUCGACGACUCUCUGUUGGUCCGCAGGAUCUGUGGCAGACUGAUCCAUCAGCCGAGCGGCCGCUCGUACCACGAGGAGUUCAACCCCCCCAAAGAGGCCAUGAAGGACGACCUGACCGGCGAGCCGCUCAUGCGGCGCAGCGACGACAACGAGAAGACGCUUAACUCUCGCCUGGAGGCCUACCACCGGCAGACGGUGCCGCUGGUCGACUACUACAGCGCCCGGGGGCUGCACGCGGCCGUCAACGCCGCCCAGAGCCCCGACCUCGUCUUCGCCUCCAUCGUGGCCGCCUUCGCCGACGCCACGGAAAUCCCCGCCCGGGCCGUCGCCUCUGGUUGAAAGCUGUCCUGCCCCAAGUGACGGCUUGGAUUUGCCAAAAGCUCGGUGGGUGGACAGAGGAAGGGGGAGGGGCUUCAGAAGAUGGAGGAGUCCUUAGGCUUUGGAGGUUGCUGUGGGGCUUGUGUUGCUCCUUUGAAUAAAUCAUGCUUUCCUACAGUACAAUCA